AUGGACCGUCGAUUCCUUCUCGUUUUGCUUGGUGGCCUUGUAUUGCCGGUCUUAACCAUUAAAAUAGGCAUUUCGCACGACAUCAAUGAAACUGUGAUUCCGUCGCGAUCUACUCGAAUAGAGUCCCUAUCAACCACACCUCUUCCAGACCCCAAUGAUGCGAUAAGUUCUGCUAAUCCAAUGCCAGAAGUGGCCAGUUCUCCGAGUAAUUUGUUCCCGCCCCGCCCCCAAAAUAGAGCUAGGACCACGUCGGUUCCGGCAACCAGCACUACGAAAGCCUCCAUCGCAGAAACCACUCAAGUCCCUCCUUCGAAACCGAUUCCUACUCAUCCUCCUAACUACUACUGCUCCUGCGAUGUCCAGGCCGGUAGGUGCAACCUCAAUUGCUGCUGUGACCACGAUUGCAACUCGGAGGUUCGAAAGGUUUUUAGCUGUCUUUCGAGCACAACCUCCCCGGAAGUUCAAGCCAAGCUGGAAGACUUUCAAUACAACCAUGGUCUGCCCUCCUGCCAGAUCAACGAUGGAUGGCUGUGUGUUUUUCGCAGCAACUUGAAGCCAACUAAUGUUCCAGCCCUAAGCUUAAACCUCAAUGCUGACUCUCAAAAGAAAUGGCCGGAUUUGGAAGCCUAUGAUGGCAACCCCAUAGAGACCCGAUCCUCCAGUUUGUACUACAAAUUUGGAGAGCCCCUUCAACUCUGGCAACCUGAAAGUAAUGAGCUGACUACCUUAGAGCUCCCGAUUUCCUACGAAAGCUCUCAGUGCAAAUUGAAACAAGCCGUCCGUCACCUGCAAUCAGUUUCCAGUCACUGUCCGAUGAAGGAUGCUAAUCAGUUGCAGGAAAGUCUCUGGGAUAUAAUGAAUUUUACAAGCACCAGUCAAUUGCUAGGAAAACCCCGAGAUCCCGAGGAAACGGAGCAUGAUGGAAUAACCAUACAAGUCUGCCAAAGAGAUGUUGGUGGCAAAACGGUUUGUGAAAAGCAAGGAAAUGAGACCCAAUUGGAUGCUCUACCAGAAGCUUUGGAACUGCAGUUUAUCCACAAUUUUACAAACAUUCUCGAGGCCAAGCUAAUAAUUGGACCAAGUGCUUCAUGGACCGAGGAUGAAAAUGAGCCUGUUUGGCUAACCUACGAAGUAACUUUUAUCUCCGUAAACGAACCUAUCGCCAAACCCACUUCAGGUCCACUCGGUUACCUUCCCAGUUCUCCGCUGAUUGUCUCUAAAAGUUUGCCUCUUAACAGUAGCGGAGAUCAGCAAGUCCUGAGCUAUUAUCAGGACUCGAAAGAGUUCCAUUGGCUUCCCUUGCUUUCCCGCAAGCCGAAGAGCAGGAUCUGUCAAAGAAAACUGGACGAAGAUAAAGCUCUUCGAUUCGGCGUGAAUCUGCAAAAGGAGUGCCAUCUUACCAAGGCUGCACCUCUUCUCCAGGAAACAGCCAAUCAUACAGAGUACUGCCAAGAGUUGCAGACGGAGAUCUGGGCCAUGUUACUACCCCACAACGUAACCCACCUGGACGACAUUGGCCAGGUGUACAUCUCGCAGAUGGGCAAACCUCAACCAAAAAAGUGGCUGCCCAUACAACUUCACUAUCCAGGGAAUGCCAAUGAAGUUCCUAACGUACAUGGUGUCUACGAUGAUCAACAGCAAAGCCUUAGUUGUCGCAACAUCUUCUUGAGCGUGAAGUAUGAGUUCCACAUGGCCGAGAUGACAUUACUGGAAGGAGCAGCCACUUAUCAAAAUGUCCUGCAUCACGCUAGCCUGGUCCUGGGUCAGCGGCAUGAUCUGGAGUUCGAUUCUAACGAACAGCAAGUCGCCCUGCCUCUGAGCAUAUCCGUCAUGUUCUACAACAUGCAGAAGAAAGUAUCCAUUAAUGGGGCACAGCUUUACCUUGCGAAUCCUUUCUUGUCGAUUUUAAUUACAUAUUGGAUGUUUACCUUUAUUUAAUGCCUCUUAUUUUAUGUAAACUUAUUUAAAAUAAAAAAACAAAGAAUGUUAA